AUGGACGUGGACGUGGUCGUGGACGUGGACGUGGACGUGGACAUGGACGUGGACAUGGACGUGGACGUCGACGUGGACGUGGACGUGGACGUGGUCGUGGACGGGGGACGUGGACGUGGACGUGUACGUGGACGGGUGGACGUGGACAUGGACGUGGACGUGGACGUGGACUUGGACGUGGACGUGGACUGGACGUGGACUGGACGUGGACUGGACGUGGACGUGGACGUGGACGUGGACAUGGACUGGACGUGGAC